ACACACAACCUUUGGACCCCUUUGCGUGUUACAAAUGUCUUACCUUCACGGCUACUAUUACAACCAUUUUUUACUUUAUAAUAAUAAUAAUAACCAACAUGGCUACACGAAUCGAAAGCAUACACCCUUAAAUUUAAAUUUACAAUUUUAUACUUUUUCCCCAAUCACAUUCGCUGACACUUUUUCUUAGUGAUGAAUUAAUUGAAAAAAAGAAAAAUUUUUCUUUAAAAAAAUUUUUAAACACAGUGUAAAUUCCGUGGCGGUCAGUGAUUCGAAGUAAACAAGAUUUUUCCGUAAAUGAGUCAGAGAUCAAGGUACAUUUGCGUGAAAUAACAUUCAGAAUCAUUUGAUCGUGUCGCCGCGAACAGCAAAAUAUCCAAGUUCGAAAUAAGGAUCGAUGAGAGAACUUGGUAAUUUUGAAAAUGGACAGGGAUAUACAGGAUCCCGUUUAUCGUAUUCAAGCUGUGGAUCGUGCACUACAAAUUCCGAGUGUUAAUUAUCUUUGGGAUAAAUCAGCUGAGGUUUAUGGCAAGGUAAAAGGUGUCAGUCCAUUGACAAAUUGGGCAUUUGGCAGAGUGGAAAAUGUCGUCAGUACUGUUCUUGAGAAAUCGUUGCCAGUUGCCAGGUUAAUGGAAAAACCAAUAUACACAUUGGACAAGACUCUAUGUCAAGGUCUUGACUUUGUCCAAGUUAAAUUACCAAUCAUCAAAGAGGAACCUAAAGAAAUCUUCGAUCGAACAAAAUCAAUAGUCUCCAAACGUCUUCAACCGGCAGUGCAGACAUUUAAGGAUUUUAAACAGGAAACAAAGCAACGAGUUAGAAUUAUCACUUUGAGAACUUAUUAUAAGGCUCAUUAUUUGAGAAUCUACAGUUGGCAGCAGGCUGACAAAAUGAUGUCCACUGAGACUGGAAUAAAUAUUUUGAAAACUGUCGAUAAUACCACUGAUCUUGCUGAACUUAUGCUAGACAAAUAUUUGCCGAAUCCUUUAUACGAAAGUCACAAACAUAUAGAAGACGAAUGCAGCGAACAUGCAAAAUUACAUCACACAGUAAUAAGAUUAAGUGAAUUCAGCAGCAGAGCAUCGAGAAGAAUUUAUUUGGCCUUAAUUGAAAGACUGCAGCAUAUGUAUAAACUAGAAAUUUUAAUAUUACUCCUUCAUGUUUUAAUUGUUUUUCAAAUGAUCAAAUGUUUCGAGUGGAUGGUCACUGUUAUUUGUAAAACAAUCAGUAAUUUCGUUUUCUUUGGUCUCUUGUAAAAAAAUUAUUUUAUAUAAUAAUAUUAUUUUAUUCCCAGAAGGUUCUAAUAAGCGACAUUUUAUUGUAGAAACUGGUAAAAUUAAUUUUUUAUUAAAGAAAUAUUCCAUU